AUGGCGCUCCACGCUGUCAGCUUCCCAACGUUACCGAUAGUCAAGGCUCACCUCCUUGUUAACUGCGUAUUGGUUUUCUUCGCGGUCAUUGUGGUCGCGCUUCGUUUCUUUGCAUGUUUCUCUUCGGGGGCAAAGUUGUGGUGGGAUGACCUCCUCAUUCUCCUCGCAGUGCCUCAAGGCAUCGAGAUGCUGGUAAUCCAAGGCUUGUGGUCGCCUAUGGGCAUCGGCUAUCCGAUCACAGAUACCCUUCCGAAUAUUGUCAUCAUCCUCAAACUUCUAGUCGUCUACGAGUUCAUAUUCGCAACCUGCAUCAGCACCAUCAAGCUCAGCGUCAUGUUCUUCUACCUUCGGGUCUUUGUCAACCCAGGACUCCGAACCGCGACGAAGUUCGCAAUGGGCUUUGUCAUGGUCUGGACAACGGCUAAUAUCCUGCAAGUCUUCUUGAUUUGCCACCCCUUCGAGGCCACAUACAAUCCGGCCGUCCCGGGCAAGUGUGGAAAUCAAAUAGCGUCGUUCAUUGUUAUCGGUGCUUUCAAUGUCAUCACGAACGUCAUGAUCUUGGCAUUGCCGAUCUCGACUGUCUGGGCACUCAAGAUGAGCACACCGGCCAAACUUGGCAUCAUCGCCGUCUUCUCAAUAGGCUUAAUCGUAGUUGCAAUCAUCCGCAUCGUCAGCCUCACCAACCUCGAUCUCCAAAACUUGACCGAGACAAUGAUUUGGGCCAGCUUUUGGUCGACCGUAGAGCCGAACAUGGGUAUCAUUUGUGUUAGCAUGCCGAUGCUAGGAUCACUGUACUCGCGAUGUACAGGUCGGCGAGACGCUUCAAAGCUCGACGGGCCUUCGGACGCAAGUGGCUACAACGAUUCAAACAAGUUCAGACGAUCGCAGCAAAGCGCACCUGACACAAUCGCUCUGGAAACCAUAUACUCCCCGGACAACGACGAACACUACAGGUCGGAGGUCGCUUCGUUCGGACGUGAAGGGAAGAAUGAGGAUAGUGGGGAUGACUUCGAGUCACGCCUAACCCCUGAACAGGAGCUUUUGGGUAGAGAUAAAGUAAUCCAGGCGGAAACGCAGUGGACCGUAUCUCGCCAAGCAGCUUGA